UCUUUUCUUUUUCUUUGUUUGAUCUGCGUGAUGGCCACCACUGUCAACACCUGUGACUGCACUGCCGGUUGCGCUUCCGGGUCUCCCUGCCCCUGCGGGGACGAUUGCAAAUGUGCUGCCACUGCGACCAGUGGUGGUGCAACCUCCGCAACCGGACGAGGUGGUCACGAGGGGGUGUUUUGUGAGUGCGGCGCAAAUUGCAACUGCGAGACGUGUACCUGCGCCAAGAUGACGGCAUCCGGCGAGCCAUUCUGCAAGUGCGGCAGGACCUGCAGCUGCGAGACGUGCACUUGCCCUAAGCCAGUGCAAGGUUGAGCAGAAGUAGUACUGUGGUUGCCAUAAAAUCAAUAUAAUAAACGAAGAGCUCUAUUU